AUGGCGGCCCUCGACUCAGUGCCUUUAACCGGAGCUAUCGCCUUGGACGUAUCGUUGCUUCUAACGGCGCUCUAUCCCAUAUGUGUUGUCAUCUAUCGCCUGUUCUUCUCGCCGUUGUCAAAGAUUCCGGGUCCUUGGUUGACCCGGAUUAGCAGCGUGCCAGAGGUCCAAGCCUUGAAGAAGCAGCGGCGCACGCAGUGGGUAAACAACCUCUUCGCGCAAUAUCCUGGUGCUGUUGCUGUUCGUACCGGCCCUAACUCGGUGUCUUUCAACCACCCCGAUGCUAUCAAAGCCAUCUAUGGCCACGGAAAAGUCGGCGAAGGCUUUGGAAAGUCAAGCUGGUACGAUGCCUUCUCAACGACGGGGGAGUCCCUCUUCUCCACACGCUCGAAAAAGCGACAUGCCACAAAGCGGCGCAUGGUAGCCCACGGCUUCAGCGCGCAGUCGCUCCAAUCAUUCGAGCCCAUCAUAGACGCCACACUGGCCAAGUUCAUGUCCAGAAUGGACCGCUUCGCCAGCACCCAGGAGCCCUUCGACAUCUACUUCUGGUUCGAGCUCUUCACGAUGGACCUGAUGGGCGAGCUCGCGCUGGGCCACAACUUCGGCGUGCUCGACGCGGGGAAGCCCGCGCGCUACUCGGCGCUCGUGGAGCAGUCGCAGAGGUUUGCGAAUCACAGCGGCCUGCUCCCGUUUGGGAAAUGGAACGUCACGGUCCUCAGCUGGGUCCCGAUCCCGAGCAUCCAGGAGCUGUACCGGGCGCGGCUGGAGUACCUGGAGUAUGCGAGACAGGCGCUGGAGAAGCGGUUCGUGGAGGACAGGCAACAAAUCCUGCCGAGUGGGAAGGCGAGGCAGGAUAUCAUGCAGCGCUUCAUCGAGGCGCGGGAUCCCGAGACGGGCAGGCAGAUGGAUUUCAAUGAGCUCAGAGCCGAAACAUCAUCUCUCAUGGUCGCCGGCGCGAGCACCGGCUCCGUAACCAUGAAUUGGAUGAUAUACUACCUGUGCAGAAACCCCUCCAUCAAAGCUCGCCUCAUCCAAUCCCUGGAGUCCCUCUUCCCAGACAACCGCACCGGCACCGAUCCCCUCCCCUUCACAACCCUCAACAGGCUUGCCCUCCUCGAACAUGCCGCCAUCGAGUGCCUCCGCCUGCACCCCCCUAUCGGGUACUCCAUGCCGCGCGACACGCCGCCCCAAGGCGCCGAGAUCUGCGGCGUGUACGUGCCAGGCGGAGUCGCGGUGGGCGUCCCCGCCGCGACCAUCGGCCGCAACACGUCCGUGUAUCCCAGCCCCGACACGUGGGAUCCGGACCAGUGGGCCGGGCGCGGGGAGGCGGACCUUGCGGCGAUGAAGACGUGCUUCCUGGGGUUCGGGCAUGGGAGCCGGCAGUGCAUUGGGAGGAACGUGGCUAUGAAUUUUGUGGCCAAGAUGGUGGGGCAGCUGUUGCUUCGGUAUGAGGUUGAGCUUGAGGAGGAGGGGCUUGUGCUUGGGACGAAAGAGUUUACGAUCUUGAAGCCGGAUCGGAAGUACAGGGUUACCUUGAAGCGGAGGAGCGUGGAGUAG